GCUGGUACAGCUCAUUCAGCAGCCGCCGUGAUGGCGACAGUAGGGCGGAUCUGGGUGGUAUUGGUCGCGCUGCUGGCCGGACGGGUCUGGGGCGACCUGACCGGCGAUGGAGCUGACCUGACCGGCGAUGGAGCUGACUUUGGCAGUGGUGAUGGGCAUGGGGCCGACCUGACCGGCGAUGGAGCCGUACCGACUAUUGAUGAAGCUGACCUAGCCAGUGGUGAUGGAGCUGAUCUAGUCAACGGUGAGGCUGACCUGACCAGCGAUGGAGAUGACAUGACCAGCGAAGCUGAUGCCACACAGCUGGAUCGUCAGGCAGCCGACUUCAUUGCUAAACUCAACCAGGACUAUCAGCUUCACUGUAACCAGAUGGUGAAGAAGAGGUGGAAUUUCAAUGCCAACCUGACAGACCACAACCAGAAGAUUAUGAACGAGUACGCUGCCGAGUACGCCAGCUACCAGAAGGAAAAAUGGGCGGAGGUCAUCCAGUGGGACUGGAUGAAGAUUAACGACCCCCUCACAAGACGCCAGUUCAAGCACUUCUCCACACUCGGGCCGGCGGCGCUGCCCGACGAAAAGUUCAAAAUGUAUACCGACCUCAGAAGUAAGCUCAAGAAACGCUAUGGCUCUGCCACAAUAUGCGACUUCAAUGACCCGAAGAAGUGUGACCUUCGACUCGAACCAGAGCUGGAGGACAUUAUGAUGAACAGCACAGAUCCGGAUGAGUUGAAGCACGUUUGGCUGCAGUGGAGAGAACAGUCUGGCAAAAAGAUGAGAAAAGACUACAUACAGUUCGCCGGCCUCAUAAACGACAUUGCUUGGGCCAACAACUUCACGGACGGCACCGACUGUUGUGAUUAG